AUGCGUGUCCAUUGGCAUGGCGAGCGAGGACCAAGUUUGUAUCGGGGAAACAAUCAAACCGGGGGAUUGUUCCACAUGGAAGAAUCCUCAAUUGACUAUGUGGCUAGGGAACGAGCUGUCCAACUGGGACUAAGCUCACCAACACGUACAACAGAAUCCUCAAUACUGGUAGGCCUGUGA